AUGAGUGAAAGUGGCAAUAGUGACGAAGUUGACGAACCAACUAGACAAGAAAUUAUUCAACAGUUGGAAAGUGCCGGUAUACAAUAUUCAGCAAAAGACUCAACAAAGCGGCUGAAAGGAAAAUUAAAAAAAGCAACGGAGGACACACCAAAAGAGGAAAGUAAAAGUGAAGUAAAACCGAGUGAAGUGAACACAGUAUCAGCGAUGACAACGAUAGAUUCAAAAGUAAAAUUGGAGUUUGAAUUGGGCAAAGAUGAUUGGGAGACGUUUGUGGAAAGAUUGGAAUUAUAUUUUUUUGCAAACGGCAUUAGUGACGAAAAAAAGCAAGCAGCCAUCUUAUUGACACGGGUAAGCGCGGACACAUACAAACUCGCCAAAAAUCUAUGCCAUCCAGAAAAACUCAAAGAUAAAAAGUUCAACGAAGUGUCCAAGCUAUUAUCAGACCACUUAUGCCCAAAGCCGUCGGAAACGAUGGAAAGGUGUAAAUUUUAUGCAGCGCAACAAGGACCCACGGAGAAAUUAGCCGAUUUCGGAGCGCGAUUGAAAGAGCUUUCGCUAAAUUGUAAUUUCGCUGAUCUAGAGACGGCGCUAAGGGAUCAAUUGGUAUGCGGGCUAAAGGAUCAUGCGUCGAAAGCAGAGCUAUUUAAACAAGAGAAGUUAACGUACGCGGGUGCCUACAAGAUAGCGCUGGCACGCGAGAAAGCAGAAAUGAAUGCGACAACAGCAGAAAAAUUGAGCGAAUCAAACAGGCAUGAUGAUAACAUUCAUUCGGUAAAAGUUAACGAUAACAAGAGCCACAAAAAUAAAAGUAAUUCGAGUUUAGUGUGCUACUGCUGUGGAAAGCCGAACCAUAUAGCCCGUAACUGCAAACACAGGCAACAGACAUGCCGAAAUUGUAAGCGGCAAGGUCAUCUAGAAGCAAUGUGCCGAAGCCAGAAGAAGAAGAUACAGUACCUGCAAACGUCAACACAGAAGGAAGCCAGUAGCAGCGAUAACGGCAGCGUCAGUAGCAGCCAUGAAGAAGACGAGUCGUACGAGUUCAACAACAUAACGAAUGGAAGUUGA